AUGAUGCUGGAUUCACACCAGGGGUUUGUCAGUAAGGAUCAGUACGAGGAGCUUCCACAGAUGGUUCACCAAGAAGUCUCAGCCACUCAGCAAGAUGACUGGAGUGAGCUUAAGAAAGAGAUUCUUAAACUCUUAGAUGCUGGUGUUAUUUACCCUAUCUCAGAUUCUAAAUGGGUAUCACCUGUGCAUGUUGUACCAAAGAAAGGUGGUAUCACUGUGAUUAAAAAUGACAAGGAUGAAUUGAUACCAACAAGAACCAUCACAGGUCAUAGAAUGUGCAUUGAUUACCGAAAACUAAACUCCGCAUCUAGAAAGGAUCAUUUCCCAUUACCAUUUAUUGAUCAGAUGCUUGAGAGACUUGCAAAUCACCCAUUCUAUUGCUUUCUUGAUGGGUACUCAGGAUUUUUCCAAAUCCCCAUACAUCCCAAUGAUCAAGAGAAAACGACAUUCACAUGUCCCUAUGGUACCUUUGCAUAUCGAAGGAUGCCAUUUGGUCUAUGUAAUGCUCCAGCCACCUUUCAAAGGUGCAUGAUGUCAAUUUUCUCUGAUCUGAUUGAGGAUGUUGUGGAGGUAUUUAUGGAUGAUUUCUCUGUCUACGGAUCUUCGUUUUCUGCUUGUUUGUCAAACUUGUGCAGGGUCCUACAGAGAUGUGAAGACACCAACCUUGUGCUGAAUUGGGAGAAGUGUCACUUCAUGGUCAAGGAAGGGAUUGUGCUGGGACACAAGAUUUCAGAGAAGGGGAUUGAGGUGGAUAAAGCCAAAAUCGAUGUUAUGGUUGGUUUGCCCCCACCAAAGACAGUGAAAGACAUCCGGAGUUUUCUUGGUCAUGCUGGGUUCUACAGGAGGUUCAUCAAGGACUUCUCCUUGGAAGCUGAGAGGCAAGAAGCUGAAAGACAAGAGUUUGCACUAAGAGGAAAAGCUUUACCCUGCGAGCCAACUGGCUCAGGGACGCAGAAGACUGUUCGACAGCAGACUUUGGCUGCAAGGAAAUCGAAAGAACAGGAGAAGAGGGCAGGAAAAAGUGUAGCAGUUCCCAACCAUGAGGAAAGUGAAACUGAGAGUGCUGAUGAGCAGGCACCUACGAAGAACGCCAAGAUGUCCAAAGGCAAAGGGGUUGCGGUUGAUCGAGAUAGGGCUAAAACUCCAUCUGUGGAGGAGCUGUAUGAUCACUUGAAGAAUGAGGUCACUUGGACUCCAACCAGGAUGUUUGGACUUCACAAGAAAUCAAAUCAGGCUUCAAAACUACAACAAGAUAAACAAAGAAACCAAAGGAAGAGGCAAAACAGGUUCGAUGAUGAUGAGAGGAGGGUCAGAAGUGGUGAUCGUCCCUUCUCCAAAGCCAAGCGAAGCAAUUGUGAUAUUUUUGAUCAGAAUGAGCUUCAGACUUAUGUCAGUUUGGAGAAGAUGUUGCAUAAGAUGGCUAAUCGCGGGACAGGUGAUGGACGAGGUCGGAUAUGGGGAGAGGGUAUGGAUUGGACAUGCGGAGGAUUGGGUUACAGAUCUGAUCAGUAG